UUCUCAUUUAUAUUAUAAUUAUCAACUAAAAUUACUAUAAAAAGCAGAUCUUGAAAGGCACAACAUCAGUUGUAAGGAGCAUUUGCUAUGGUGCGACAAUUGAUUCUCGUCCUUUCUCUGAUCAUCUUUUGCGGCAGCUCACAUGCUAUUGUCAGUGAGUUGGCCCGGCAGACCGAGUCUGCCAUCCAAGGAUGGGCAGACAUAAAGAUGGCGCCUCUACGUUACUUAAAUGUUCUUUUUGGUGCUAAUCCCGGAGGACUUCGGGGUCUUAACGGUAGAAAUCUCGCACUUGAAGCUUCUUUAUCAACUGCUACCAAUUUGCAAGUCGCUAAAUUAGUCAAAUUAUUGGCAAGUGGCAACCUAUUUCCAGGAGGUUAUUUCCCUUAUCCCGGAUAUAGUAGAAUUACAGCUGAUUUGGACAAGGGAAGCGACCUAAUCACUAUAAUCAAGAACACACGGUCCUACGACCGUAUUCCUGGUUGGAAUAUUCCAAUUGGAUGGCCUCAUUAUCCAGGUCCACCUUAUUGGCCAUGGGACACAAUUAAACCUUCGCCGAUACGUCCCGAAGAACCGUUCCCUGGUGUACCUGGACUUCCACAUUUCCCUGGUGUACCUGGACUUCCACCUUUCCCUGGUGUACCUGGACUUCCACCUUUCCCGGAUAUACCUCUACCUCCACCGGGUGGACCUCCACAUCAACCGGAUGGACCCCCAGUUCUACCGGAUGGACCUCCUGAUCUACCGGAUGGACCUCAACAUCAACCGGAUGGAUCUCCACAUCAACCGGAUGGACCUCCACAUCAACCGGAUGGACCUCAACCUCCAAUAGGUAGACUACCUAGAUUACCAGGACUACCAGGACUACCUGGACUACCAGGACUGCCUGGACUGCCUGGACUACCGGGACUGCCUGGACUACCUGGACUACCUGGACUGCCUGGACUGCCUGGACUGCCUGGACUGCCUGGACUACCUGGACUGCCUGGACUACUUGGACUACGUGGACUACUUAGACUGCCUAAACUAAUUCAACAAUUUCCAUGGAUACUACGUGGUCUUUUGCCGAGAAGACCUAUUAUUAUUGGGCCUGGUCCGAGUGCAGAAGUUGAUAUAGAUGCGACGCUAAAUGUAGGCAGCGGAUUUUUCGGAAGCGAUGGACUACUCGGUACAGGAAUUUUUGGAAAAAAUGGACUCUUUGGAACUGGAUUUCUUAGUGGACCGUCAUUAGACCCCUUUGGCAUUUUUACCCCAAUCGGAAGUUUCUUUGGAGCACUGGGAAGCCUAUUUGGAUUAAGUCCACCAGUACCGUUCUUUGGACCUUUCGGGCCUUUCGGACGCGGAGUGGAGGGAUCUGUCACCGUGGAUGUCGGCGGCUAUGUGCCAUGGCCAAAAAGCAUAUUAGCAGGAAUUUUGCAUCCUUUCCUGGGAAUCCUGGGAUAGUACCAAGGAAUCGACUCUGCAAUAAUAAAUGGACCUGGCGGCUUAACGCUUAGUUUUAACAUUUAGUAUUAAGAAACGGGGUAAAAUAAACAUUUGUCUUGGCCAAGCUUUGUAAUUUUAAACCCACUAAUAAAAGUAAGCAGCAUUCCAAUUGUAAA